AUGGCCGAGGAAGGGGGCAGCGGAGUAAAGGAGGAGCUGGGGAUGCACCACUGUAGUGAGGAACAUCGUCAGUCGGGGCAGCGGCGCCCAGUAACCGGGCUGCCUUACCACUCACACCCGCAGAUGCAGCAAGUCCAGGAUCAGGCCCGACUGGACCUUUAUGAACUGGAUGGUGACCCAAGAAGGAAAGAAUUUUUGGAUGACCUUUUCAGUUUCAUGCAGAAGAGAGGGACUCCAGUCAAUCGGAUUCCCAUAAUGGCUAAGCAGGUUCUGGAUCUCUAUAUGCUCUACGUGUUGGUCACUGAGAAAGGGGGCCUAGUGGAAGUCAUUAAUAAGAAGCUUUGGAGGGAAAUUACCAAAGGCCUGAACUUACCCACUUCUAUCACAAGUGCUGCCUUUACACUCAGAACUCAAUAUAUGAAAUACCUCUAUCCAUAUGAAUGUGAGAAGAGAGGUCUGAGCUCUCCUAAUGAAUUGCAGGUUGCUAUUGAUAGUAAUCGGCGGGAAGGUCGAAGACACAGCUUUGGAUCAAGUCUUUAUAGCUAUUCUCCUAGUGGAACAUCUUCAGCAUUAUCCUCUCCCAAAAUGCAAGUGCCUACACCAGGUUCAGCAGCAACUAAUGGCAGCCCCAUAAGCCAGCUGGUAAAAAUAAAGAAAGAGGAAGAUUCAGUUAUUCCACUAACAUUAGGAGGUAGACUUCCUAUUUCACUGACUGGUCACCAGGUAGCUGCUGCUCAAGCUGCAGUUGCUGCACAAGCUGUUGCAUUAGACCAGUUGAGAGAAAAGCUAGAAUCUGGAGAGCCUCCUGAGAAGAAGUUGGUAGUUGGAAUGGAAGAACAGCAGCGACUAAUGCAGCGUGCUAUUCAACAGAAUCUACUUGCCAUGACAGCCCAAAUACCAAUGAACAUCAGAAUCAACAGCCAAGCAGACCGCCAGGAAUCAGCAUUGAACCUUGCCACAAGUGGCAUGAAUAGUAUCAGUAUGUCAGUGGAGAUCAAUGGAGUUGUUUACACAGGUGUUCUGUUUGGUCAAGGACCUGGAGUAUCUGGUGCAUCCAGCACUAAGGGAAAUAACAACAAAAAUAACAGUUCCCAAAGCAUACCUGGUCUCCCUGUAACUCGUACACCUACAUCCUCGUCAUCACAUACUUCAAAAAACUCUUCACCAUGAGGCUGCAUCUAUAACAAUGCCAACAUGAGCACAGUGCAUCACCGCCAAACACUUUAAAAGGAUUUCUCAGGCUUUUAACUCUCAAGGAAAAUUAACUUUUAUUCAUCAGAAGUUUCAUUAGAGUGGCUAAAACUAAGGGCCCACAAUUGAGUAUGUUAAACUCUGCUUAAAAACUUUCCUGGGUUACCUCAUGGGAUCCUGGAGCAGCUAUGUACUACUAAUACCUCAAACGUCUACUUAAUCAAGAAGGCUGAUUUAUCAUUGGUUACAUUUUUCCUUUCAGCCAUGCUCAGCUUUUGAAGAAUAUAUAUGUAUUUCCAUGAUGUGCUAUUUUAAUUGAGAAUUAUAAGUGAAUAUUGAUAUUUUUUGAAGGAAAAUAAUAUUUCUGCUACAUCUAUGAUAUUGCUUAUUACUUUAGUAUAUUCAGUCACUGCCGAACAAGAAAAGGAUAAGCUAUUUCAAUGUUUAUCCACUUAUGUAUGUCAUUCUUAUACAUGUAGCAAUAUACAAACUUUUACAGUGGUUCCACAUAUUUAUUAUAUACAUUACUUAAUAUAUUUUUCUGAGUUUCACAACACAGGACCCUAAUACAGUGGAGUUAUCUUCAGAUCAUAAAGCAGCAUUCCAUUCUGUUCAAAGUAUGGUCUUUAAUGCAUUUUGGGGGGAAGAAGUUGGCAAAUUUCAGCAGUGGUGCUCACAAAGGCUCCUUUAAUUCUGAUGGUAUAUGUUCGCAUAGGUCUCCAAAAUGCUUGCAUUUCUCAUUUCAGUGGUUCAUUUUAAGUAUUAGUGCAGCAAUACAGGGGCUGCAAUUUGUUUAAUUAUUUAAGAACUGAUGUGCUACCCAUUAAAUUUCCUUGAAAUGACAAAGAACUACAUUCCCAUUUUGACAUGAUAACGGGCAUACUAAUAGUUCAGGAAGUUUUCUUAAAAUUCCAUUUUUAUGCAACUAACCCAAAAUUCUGCUAAUGAAUCUCCGUGAGGUCUUGCUAUUACAAUCAAGAAGAAAACUUACUGAACCCACUAAAUAUGUGGCUUUAUUUUAUAAAUGUAAUAUUGCAAACUGUUCUUGCGCUGCUAAAAACAUUAUCUCCAAGAGCUAAUUUUACAGCAUUGAUUUUCACAUCACUUUAUAAUAAUACACCUCAGUGAAAAUAUUAAUCGUAAUAAACAUUUAGAUAUGUAUGAAGACUUUAUAGUCAAAAUAUUUGUUUCUCUUAUCUUCUCAAAUGAGAUUGGAUUUGCUUGGCAUUGAUCUUUGGGGAACUCCACUGCAUUUACUGUAGUAUUUAAUGUGGCAUUUGAAGUCAAAUAUUUUAUACAGAAUCAGCUUUGUUGUGUUCAUCUUGUGAGAGUAUACUAUUUUGGAAUGUACAUCACUUUUAAAGCAGAUAUUAGAUAGAAAACUAUUCUGCUUGGUAGAUAUCACAAUCCAAGGAUAGGUGUCACAAUCCAAGGAUAGAUAUUUUUGCAGUGAUUGCGAAGGCCAACCUUAUGCAAGUGUUAUAUAUUCCAUGAAAGAUGCAAUUAGUAAGUUUAGUUUUGUAUUUAUAGGUUUUCAACCAAAUACUUUCACUCAAAGAUAUUGUUUGCUAAAUAGCUGUUUUUUCUUGUUCUAACUGUAUUACACUUACACUACUGUUUAUUCAUAUCAUUUGUUAAACAUGAUGUUGCACUGACUGCAUCAUGUCUUGAUGAUUUACAGCAUGCUGAAAUUAAUCUUCUACCAUCGCACUGAUGAUUGAAAAGCAAAGAUUGUUAGAGGCUAAAUAUUUACUUCUGUUACAGGUUAUUGGGUUUUACUGGAUUUAAAUGAUUGGGGUUGACGAUGGGAUGGUCGUGAUCUGGAACUAUUGGAAGUUAAUAUCAACCACUUAAAUAGAAUAGCAAGUAAAUAGAUUUGACAUGUUAUAAAGCUGUUAAAAGCACGGCCUGUCCUAUGAAAUGCGCUUUACACUCUCAUGGUUCUUUACAGUUUACAGAGCAAUAUUCUAUUGUUCUGUUCUACCUCUGAUUAAUAGGUUGAAUAUAAUUUGCUUUGAAAAUGAAAUACAGAUAAGGUUUUUAUUGUCAUUGGUAAAGGUUGUAUGGCUUUCAAGUACAACAAUUUAAAUUCACUGGUACCUCACUUAGCCUUCAGGAUGCAUACUAGGAAUGAACGUGCUGAUUGAAUCAGUUCUACAUGAGUGUCAUUAUAUGUUGCACUGUCAUUAGCCAAGCACCAAUGACGGAACGUGAUAUUGUUGGCCAACAUGAAUGACAUGGCUGUGUUCAGCAAGUUAUCAGGAUGCAUUUGGUGAGCUUGUAAGUUUUGACUUUUUUUGGUUUCUAGUAUUUGUUGGUAAAAGUUUUUUCCUGAGCCAUAAGCGCUAUAGUGGAUCCAUGUUCUGUGGGAUGGUGCUGAGUGCUGUACCAACGUAUGGUAUUUUACUUUCCAGAAGAUUUGCAAUGAGGAUGUCUUUUUAUGUUCCUGGAUAAUAGAAAUAUUUAGACAAAUUUUGACUAUGACAAUUUCUGCAACUUAAAAAUAGUAUAUUUUAAUGUCUUUUUUGCCUUUUUGCUCAUUAUUUUCCCUUUUUUAGAAGUCAUGUAUCGUUGCUAAAUUAAAAUUUGAUUGGUAAUCAUCGUCUUGAGUAAUUGUAUGCGGCCAGUACUGGCAGUUUACUGGACUGUGGGUGGCAUUACUGACAAGCCCAAACGAUUUAGUCCAGUCUGCACCUGUGGGCAGGAGGUGCAGUCUAGUUUUUAAUAAUGCAUAUGCUAGUUAAUCCUAAUCUGGUUGUGGUGCCCCUUUAAUUCCCGCUCUAAUUGGUCAGGUUGUGAUAGUAUUUCAUUAGUUUUAUUUUAGUUUUAAACAAAAAGACUGAUGCUUAAAUGUUUCACGAGGCAGAGAUAUUUUCAGUUUAAACAAAAACUUGCAUUUACGUAGAUUUUCAUGUUUUUGACACAAUGCACUUCAUUCUCAGUAAAUUAUUUUUGAAAAUUGUUCACUUAUCUCCAGUCAAAUAUAGCAGGUAAUUUAUGAAUAUUAAAGUCUCUCAAAUGAUAGAUGAAUGAUUUGUUGACCUCUUUGAUAGUAAUUCAAAUAAGAAUGUUGUCUGGUGCCAUGUGAGAACUUCUUACUGUUGAAGUAGAGCUAUGGGAAGUUUUCAUUUGACAACUGAACAGGGUUCUCAA